CCGCAUGGGAUACAUCGCAGAGACCCCGGAGGUCGACACACAACACACCCAAAUAUACACACACACAUACAAACAUGGUGUCCUCUGCGGUGCUUUUUGUGUUUACGCUGUCCUCCGUGUGUGGACUCGCUGUGGCAGAAAGAAAACUUGCAUACGUGACUGUGCUGUUUCGACAUGGAGACAGAUCGCCAAUCAAAGCCUAUCCUACUGACCCCUACAGAGAGAGCGACUGGCCUCAAGGCUUCGAACAGCUGUCGCAGGAGGGGAUGAGGCAGCACUUGGACCUGGGCAAGUUUCUGAGGAGUCGUUACAAAGGCUUCCUCAAUGAUUCCUACAUCCGGCACGAGGUCUUAGUGCGUAGCACAGACUACGAUCGCACCCUGAUGAGUGCCGAGGCCAACCUUGCAGGUCUCUACCCCCCUAGUGGUCGGCAGAUCUUCACACUCGACCUGAAGUGGCAGCCGAUACCUGUGCACACCGUGCCACCAAACGAAGAGAGGCUUCUCUCAUAUCCUUUGAAAGACUGUCCUCGUUACACACAGCUGAUGAAUGAAACCAGACACACGGAGGAAUUUGCUAAUGUCACUGCAGCAUACAAGGACUUCCUAGAGCUGGUGAGGAAUAAAACAGGACUGAAUAAGACAGACGUGGAGUCAGUCUGGAGCGUGUAUGACACACUCUUCUGUGAGUCCCGUCACAACAAGACAGCUCCCGAGUGGGUGACUCCUGACGUUAUGGGGAAGCUUCAGUUUCUCAAUGCCUUUGCCUUUCAGGUCAUAUUCGGACUCUACAAACAGCAGGAGAAGAGCCGGCUGCAGGGAGGUAUCCUCUUAGGGGAAAUAGUGAAGAAUCUUACCAAGAUGGCCGCCCCAGACCCGAAGCAGCAACUCAAACUGAUGAUGCUCUCAGCGCAUGACACUACUGUAGUUGCUCUUCAGGCCAGCUUAAACGUGUUCAAUGGACUUCAGCCUCCAUACGCCGCCUGCCACAUCAUCGAGCUGUACAGGGAGGACAACGGCUCUGCUUCGGUGUCCAUGUUUUACCGGAACGACAGCGCCAAGGACCCGUACCCUCUCCAGCUACCAGGCUGCGCCCUCGACUGCCCCCUGGAGGACUUUGUGAGAAUAACCAAGCCCUCCAUCUCAGACGACAGGGACAAAGAGUGUCAGCUGCAUUUAAAAGGCUUUAUGAAAGUGCUCAUCAUCACUGUGUCCGUGGUCAUCUGUCUGCUCAUCCUCAUCGCCUGUGUCUGUUGCUUCAGAAAGUGUUGUUGCCGCAAACUCAACCAGGAAGGUGGAGAUUGAAAAGAUUUGAAACCAGAGAUUGUGACCACGAACCUUGCCUACACAUCCCCCUGGUGGCCAUUAAAAAGAAUACAAGGUCAAAGCUUCACUUUCAUACUUAAAGUCUACGUCCAUAUCUGUCAGUGUUUUAGGACAACUUGCAAUCCUUACACAACAAAGUUUGUAUGAAUCUAUCUUUCUGCAGUUCGGAUGGUGUUAAUUCAUCAGGUGCUCUUUAUGCAAUGUCAUAACAGCUUCUUUUUUUUCUUCCCCCAAGCCCUUUGAGGUGUGUUUAUCUAAAAGGGGGUGUUCAUAAAAAAUAAAAGUGCUUCCGCAAGACAUUAACAUACCAGCUCGUUUAACCAGAAACAAAGUUAAAAUACAGCUAAUUUUCAAGUUUGUUGUUUAAUCAUGGAAACUGAUUGCUCUUUGGAACUCUCUCUGCCUUUUCCUUCGGUGACACGACCAUCAAAUAUACCUGAAACUUUCAUCUCAUACACUUUUUAGAAAAAGAAAAUGCACACAUGGUUUGAUAUAACUCAAAAUGUUUCCUUCUUUGUACAUGUGAAGUUAUGAUCGGGGACUGUGAACUAAUUAGCACACUGCCAAAACCAUCAUUGUACACAGUUCAUAAUAAAAAAACAACACCGUCUUGAUUAUAUUUGUCAGUAUUUGUGUCCCUGCAAUUUACCAGACAUUGAGAAUGUUCUGUGGUUGUAUAUAUGUAUUUUUUUCUUUUUUGGAAGAAUAAAAUGAUCAGUGAUUUGGA